UAUAACCAAAUGUUUAAAUAAUUGUAGUCUGUGGUGUUACCCUUUCUUGUCAAUUUUGUGUCUGACGGAGAUAAACAUUGUUUGUGUUUUGUGAUGACAUUGUGGAAAACAUACAGUUAUUACAGUAGUAGAUUAGUGAUUUGAUUGAAUUUUAUGGUACGCCAAUAACCACACAAUAUAAUGAAGGUUUUACAGGAAAUAUAAUAUGUGCAAGUCGUUUUUAAAAUAAAUAAAUACCUCCCAGAACUCAACAAGACCUCCUCAAGAUACAAUUAGACAAAGCCAGAAAACAUGGCAGAAACCCUUGACCCGCUGUCACCGACUGUGAAUAUUUCGCCAAGGAUUGGAAUCCUACAAAAACUAAGGACAAGAUUUGGUAGAAAUGUACCUAUUAAUCGAAAUAACAGUGAAGGAUAUGUGGAAUUCGGGGAGUUCCGGGUUGAACGUCCCGGAAUUAAGAAGGUCGGGACAUUCGCCGGCGUCUUCUGUCCCGUCGUGUUAUCUAUGUUUAGCGCUCUCGUGUUUAUACGAAUGGGUUAUUUAGUAGGUAAUGCCGGUCUUCUGGUGACAUUAGCGCAAUUCGCCGUGGCGUACCUCAUAGUGCUGUUCACGGUGACCUCAAUAUGUGCGAUAUCGACAAACGGGGCGGUCGAAGGAGGCGGCGUGUAUUUCAUGUUGAGCAGAACCCUAGGUCCCGAAUUCGGAGGUGCAAUAGGGACGUUGUUCUUCUUCGCGAAUGUGGUGUCCAGUGCUUUGUGCAUAUCAGCGUGCACUGAGGCCUUGGUUGAAAACUUCGGAACCAAUGGGUACUUAGUGGGUGAGAGUGGUGGUAUCCCGGACAGCUGGUGGUACCGCUUCCUGUAUCGCUCCGUGCUGAAUGCGGUCGGGCUGGGUGUGUCCCUCGCGGGCGCCUCGCUGUUCGCCAGGACCAGCCUCGCCAUCUGGGUCACGAUGCUGGUCUGCUUAGCCAGCGCCUUCUUGAGCUUCUUCAUCACGAGUCCUGCGCAGAUCGAGAAGCCAGAUUCGAAUCACUUAAUAAACACGACGUAUCUGAACUACACCGGGCUGAGCGUGUCGACGCUGGCUUCGAACAUGUACCCGCAGUACGGGCGCGACUACACAACGGCGAGCGGGCAGCUCGUGGACUUCGCGUCGGUGCUGGGCGUGCUGUUCACCGGCGUCACCGGCGUCAUGGCCGGCGCCAACAUGAGCGGGGAGUUGAAGCACCCGUCGCGCAGUAUCCCGCGCGGCACGCUCGCGGCGCUGCUGUUCACGGCCGCGUCCUACGCCGCGCUGAGCCUGCUGACCGCGGCCACGUGCUCCAGGGAGCUGCUGCAGAACAACUACGUGUACCUGCUGCCCAUCAACGUGUGGCCACCCUUCAUAGCCGUCGGUAUGAUAGUAGCUACAUUUUCGGCCGCACUCUCCAACCUGAUCGGCGCUUCUAGAGUGUUGGAAGCGUUGGCCAAAGAUGACAUAUUUGGUUUCCUUCUUCGUCCGAUGGUGUCGCGUUCCGGGAACCCUGUGCUGGCGGUGGUGGUGUCCUGGGCGCUGGUGCAGGUGGGCGUGGCGGCGGACUCCCUCAACGCCAUAGCGCAAGUCAACUCGGUCCUCUUCAUGACGAGCUAUUUCGCCAUCAAUCUGGCUUGCUUGGGACUGGAGCUCGCUUCGGCUCCUAACUUCAGGCCGACGUUCCGUCAGUUCUCGUGGGCGACGUCGCUGGCGGGGCUGUGCGGCAGCGCGGCGCUGAUGUUCUCGCUGCGCGCGCUGUACGCGGCGGGCGGCGCGCUGGCGGCCGCGGGGCUGGUGCUGGCGCUGCACCUGCUGUCGCCCGCCGCCGCCGAGCCCAAGUGGGGCAGCCUCAGCCAGGCGCUCAUCUUCCACCAGGUCCGCAAGUACCUGCUGCUUCUGGACCCGCGGCGGGAGCACGUCAAGUUCUGGCGGCCGCAGAUGCUGCUGCUGGUAGCCUCGCCGAGACAGUCCGCGCCGCUCAUAGACUUCGUCAACGACCAGAAGAAGGGCGGGCUGUUCGUGCUGGGCCACGUGCGCGUGGGGCGGCUGGACGGCGCAGGGGACCCGCUCGCGGAGGAGCACCAGUACUGGCUGAAGCUCAUCGACCAUCUCAAGGUGAAGGCGUUCGUGGAGCUGUGCCUGGCGGAGUCGGUGCGCAGCGGCGCCGCCCACCUGGCGCGCCUGUCCGGUCUGGGCGCCAUGAAGCCCGACACCGUGAUGCUCGGCUUCUGGGACGACGCGCAGCCGCGGGACUUCUUCAGGGAACCGGAGUCGCCGUACCGCACGGAGCUGUUCGACGCGGGCGGCGGCGCCUUCCCCGCCCGCCGCGCCGGCGCCGCGCGCCUGCCGCCCGCCGAGUACGUGCGCAUACUGUCCGACGUGCUCUGCGUCAACAAGAACGUGUGCAUAUGCAGGCACUUCCAUCUGCUGGAUAUGGCGGCGGUCGAACGUAAGUCCCCGAGGUUGAAGUACAUCGACGUGUGGCUGGUGGAUCUGCUGGCGCCGAGCCGCGAGGAGGCGUUCUCGGUGCGGGGGCUGUUCGCGCUGCAGCUGGCGGCCGUGGUGCGGUCCGCGCGCGGCUGGCAACACCUGCAACUCCGCGUGCACACCACCAGACACGCAAGCCUGACCGUGGGCUCCGGCGACAGUCCGGCGCCGGACGGGCCGCCGCUGCAGCAGCGCCUCGAGGAGCUCCUAAAGCUGCUGCGGAUCAAUGCCACUACGCACAUCAUCUCAGAUUGGCCGAAGCUGGACCUGAGCAGGUGGUCCGAUACGGACGAGGACCUGUACCAGCGGGUCCCCGCCACCUACCUCAAGACCGUGAACAGUAUAGUCCGGGAGCGCUGCGAGCAGGGCACCGCCGUGACCUUCGUCCAGCUUAGCGCCCCGCCCCGCGAGGCCGACGAGCUGUGCGAGCAGUACCUGCAGGUGCUGGACGAAUUCACGAAGGAUUUAUCGCCGACGAUUCUAGUGAGGGGCUUAAAGUCGGUCACGUCCACGUCUCUGUAAUGGCGUCGGUGCGCUAGUGAGAACAAACGGAAUCCGAAUGGUGUCUUAAUUAAUUUGUAACUGGGAGCUUGAAGUUUGCUGAUGUCCGUGGGCGACGGUAACCACUCACCAUCAGGUGGACCAAUAAAGGCAAUAAAAAACGAGGACUGGAGGAACAUGGAGUCUGGUCUACCCUCGCCACGGCAGAACUUCCGCAGGGCUCUGUAAUUUUUAUCAUUAAAUAUUUAUUAAAUUUUAAAUCGGAUUUAUGAUAGACGCUUUUUUAAAUCGACACUUUCAUUUUCAUAUUAGCGCGCUUUGUGACUAAGGCACCUUCUGCCAGUAAAUCAAUGGCGAUGCGAAAUGUCUUAGAUGAUAAAUAAAUUAUAUAAAAAUUAAUAUCACACUAUAUACGAUAAUUAUUAAAAAAUAAAUAAUAGUUUAAAAAAACUAACAAAAUACGCUUUUAUAGAAAAAGCUAUUCAUUAUAAUAAAAUAAUUUUUUCUUACACUAGUUUUAAUUAAAAAAAAUUAAAAUAAUUAUUUUCUAUUUUUUAGUUGGAUUUUUUUUAUAAAAGCGUAUUAUGUUAGUUUUUUUAAACUAUUAUUUAUUCAUCGUUUUUAGGUGAAUUUCAAUUUUUAUAUGUGAUUUUGAAUUAAUUGUUUUGUUUUUAAUCAAAAAAUUUUCUUUUUUUUUAAGUAAGUUAUUCAUUUUAAAACUGACUUUUUUUUUGUAUAUUUUACUCCGUUUGCGCUCAAAGAUUUAGUUAAAACUGUUCAUAUUCUCAAUUAUACAUUGCAGAUAGGAAAUAUCAUUAGUAAAAUAUUUUUUAUUAUCUUCGUUAAUAAGUACUAUUUACUGUUAGACCCUCCUGCUAGAUGGAGCGACGACCUGCGCAAGGCAGCUGGCAGUAACUGGAUGCGUAGAACCGAAGAUCGGGUUCAGUGGCGAGCUUUGGGGGAGGCCUAGGUCCAGCAGUGGACUGCCGCAGGCUGAUGAUGAUGAUGAUGAUUUACUGUUAGUAUGUUUCGUUUAUAUAGCGCUUUGGCAUAGUUUUCGUAUUUAUUCAGUCAACUUUUUAGAAGACUUAAGAGCUAUUAUUCCAAUUGCAUACGUUGUAACUUUGAAUACAAUCAACGUAGGUAGACGCGCUCAUAUCUCACAUUUGUCCUUGGACAUCGGCAUAGUCUAGCCGUCGCUGUUACAAAAGCUCUUUCUGAAUUCCUCUCGGAGGCUACGGCUUGUGGCUCUAUGUUGGACUGGUGGUAGGACCUCUUGUGAGUUCGCACGGGUAAGUACUACCACCCCGUCUAUUUCUGCCGUGAAGCAGUCAUACGUUUCGGUUGGAAGGGUGGGGCAGCCGUUGUAACUAUACUGAGACCUUAGAACUGAUAUCUCAAGGUGGGUGGUGCAUUUAAGUCGUAGAUGCCUAUGGGCUCCAGUAACCACUUAAAACCAGGUGGGCUGUAAGCUCGUCCACCCAUCUAAGCAAUAAAUAAAUAAAAAACGCGAUAUAAAGUUUCAAACCAUUAGUGGUCUACCAGGUAUUGCUGUUGUCCCUGAGCACUUGUGGUCUAUUAGGUAUGCCGUACGCCCGUCUGCGUUCAAAGGUAGUAAAAAUUGGAUUCUUUUGUUUGACGUCAUAGGUGCGUAUUGAAAUAGCUUUUUAAAUCCAUAUUAUUUACUUAUAUUAACUAGGUAAUACUUAAUUAGCUUAUAAAAUAUAUAUUUCCCUUCGAUUGUGGCUUUAAAUAAAUGACAGAUAACAUGUGAAAUCAAAUUUUCUUAAAUGAAAAUCUUUUUCUGUUUAUUGAGUAAUAUAUCAACUGCCCUCAUUCUUAUUUGUAUCAACGUGUAGUUGUUACUGCUAAGGCAAAACUCAAUAUAGUUGAUGUUAAAAAGUGAUUUGUUUUCUUAGUGUUAUAUUUUAAUCGAAUUCAAGUGAUAAUUUACAGAGAAACAAUGUCAAUUUAGUUUUUGUCAUAUCAUCUCCUGUCACCUCUCUAUUAUGAAUAGUGUUAAUUAAUUGUAUAUUUAUAUUAGAAAAAUAAUUAUCCCUAUGUCUCCCAUGUAGGUCACCGGUGCCCUACGCGGCGUACUGAGGUAUUUUUUUUUUUUGCUUAGAUGGAUUUGCUUAGACGAGCUCACAGCCCACCUGGUGUUAAGUGAUUUUUUUUUUAUUGCCCUUGUAGGCAGACGAGCAUACGGCCCACCUGAUGGUGAGUGGUUACCGUCGCCCAUGGACUUCAGCAAUGCCAGGGGCAGAGCCAAGCCGCUGCCUACCAAUUACUGGAGCCCAUUGACAUCUACAACGUAACUGCGCCACCCACCUUGAGAUAUAAGCUCUAAGGUCUCAGUAUAGUUACAACGGCUGCCCCACCCUUCAAAGCGAAACGCAUUACUGCUUCACGGCAGAAAUAGGCGGUACCUACCCAUGCGGACUCACAAGAGGUCCUACCACCAGUAAUAAGAAGAGAAAAAUCGACAUAAUUACUUCAGUGUGCCGCGUAGGGCAUCGGUGAACUACACGGCAGUCAAAGGGUUAAGUGUCUUAAACAUUUAUCAACACCCUGUUGAGUGUUGUUUUAAUACCAAGAGCUGUUAAUCAUAAUUUUGGUGCUUCGUGAAAUUAAAUUUUAUUUAUGUCAAUUUUGACGUGAUAAAGUUUUAUAAAUCGAUGAACAUUGGCUGCACGCACGAAAAAGUGUCACGUUCCGCCUGAGUCUGACCGUGCAAGCGAGAGCGCGGAACAAGCGAUAGAGAGGCACGAUUAGCCCAAGCGUUGGCUUGUGACACAUUUAUACCUCUCUUCUCGCGUGACGUCACCUCUAGCAGUUCGAAUAGUUCCGCUUCUGACGUUAUCACGUAAAACUAUCGUCCGUAAACCGACUUUACAGUGUGCUUAGUGCGAGUUUCUUAACGUUCUCGAUAGCGUAAAAGUUAACUCAAAUUUGUAUGCAGUCGGAACAGCGUCUCUCGCGGCCAACGUACGCAAACGUACCAACUCCAUACAAAUUUGAAUUAACUGUCACGCUAUCGAGGGCGUUAAAGAACUCGCACUAAGCACACUGAUAGCUUACUGUUUAUUUAAUAGAAUAUCAGACGAUAAUUCGUGUAAUAAACACCCCGACGAUCAUCACCUUAGUAGUGUAUGAUUACGAAAUUUUUAUAAUACUCGUAUGGUCGGAUUUAGUAAAUAAUUGAAAGCGAGAUUCAAUCGCUAAAUUAGUGUCAAUUAUAUGGAGUUUUUUUUCUCUUAAUACACUUUGUUUGUACAGUGACCAUGCUUAUUCUCAAUUACUUUUAUUUUAUUCUUUGAUAAUAGUUAUGUGAUUUUCAUUAUAAUCGAAAUAUGUUUGGAUUUUGUUUUAAAGAUCAACUAUAUGUCUUGAAAAAAAUACGGCUUUAGUUUAUAUGAAUACAAUAUAAAUAUUAGUAGUGCUAUUAUUAUCUUAAUUAGAUUUUUAUGGUAUUAAAAAUUAUGUCCAUCUUCCAAUUUAUAUCAAGUCCACUCCAAUGGUAUAGUAUAAUAUCAUAUUUUUUUAUAGUAUUAUAAAUACAAAAUCAUUCAACAUUGUAUGCUUUAAGGAUUUGUUUACUUCUCAUAUUAUAUAUUAUAUUAAUAUGUUUAUAUAAAUUUAUUUUGUUAAGUUUGAAAUUUCAAUAAUUGAAAAUUCUGGAUUGAAUUACAAAUUAUGUUCAUUUAAUGGGGAAACAAGAUAGUAGGGAAGUUUCCGCAUAUUUUAAAAAUGUUUGGUUUAGUAAUUCUUUUCGUUAAAGAAUUUUUAAUAUUAGAUUAUAAGAUUUGUUGGAUGCAAAACACGAUCUAUUUAUUUAAGGGUCACAUCGUUUUGAACAUAAAUAGACAAAGAGUAUUAUUAUUGUGUAUCUUAUUGGUAGGUAUGGAUCAUCACAGUAUUUUCAUCAUUAGAAUAUUAAUAGAUAGUAGAAUAUUAAUAGAUUUCAUCAUUAGAUAUUGUUUAUAAAAGUAGACGUCAUGAACAUGUCAAUAUAUCUUCAUCUACAUUAUGUUUAUCUACCUUAAUAAAUGUUUUGUGUAGGUAUAUAAUUAUGUUAAGAAAAUGGUUUUAUCAUUUCCACGAUGCAUACUUAAAGUAUUAUUUUAAUCAUAUUUUAUGUCGCGCACUCUUUUCACUCAUACAUACAAUGUUUUGCUCAUCUUUGUACAUAUUUGAUUUUAUUUCAAAAUCUAUUUGUUUUUAAAUUAUUUUGUAAAGUAAUAAAUUACAGUAAUACCACAGAGUAUAUUAAUCGUUAGAUAUUAUUACUGUUUAAUAUUAUGUUAUACCACAGAGUCAUAUCUAAUAUCUAAUGAUUUUAAUCACAUACGAUAUCAUUCGUUGUGAUUGACAUGAAAGUUUACUUUAAGUGUGUACAUUUUUUGUACAAUUAUUUCAUUACAAUUGUGAUUCAAAAUAAAAAUUAACAAAUAUUCCACUAAAAAAUUGUGAUUAAAUUUUAAUAUAUUGACAUCUCAUUAAACGUCUUUUGAUUUUUGUAAUAGAUGUCUUAAUGUAUCUUUUGUUAUUUGCACUAAUAUAAUUGUAAUAGUCAAUCAUGCUCUUUAUGUGAUAUUGUAUCCCAAGAAUAACUUUUAACUGAAAAUUUUAAGAUUAGCAUCAGUAUUAAAAUGAAAUUUUAUUAUUUCAAUUUUUUCAUGUUGGACGGAAUCGACCAAGGUCAGCGAAUUUUUUAAAUAAUAUUAGAUAUUAUAAGAUCUAAUAUUAUUUAUCUUUUUACCUCUCGAUAUACCGAUAUUUUGUUUAAGCGAUAUUUUUGAAACUACAGGAGAGCCGUUAAAAUUUUGAUCAAAAAUAUCAUAACGUAAAUCUUCAACUAUUUGAAUGGAGUAAAAUUAAUUGAAGUUCAAUUAAAAACAUCGAACUGUUGAUGCUAAUACCAAAUAAAAUGCACCUUUAAUUACAAAGAUAAAUUUCGCGUAUUAAUCGAAAUGUCGCCUAAACCACUCGAUAAUAUAUAAAUACAAUAUAUUAUGAUUAAUUACAGACGCAUUCCAAGCAAGCUGAACUUAUUUUUGACUUAUUUUUGAAAAUUUAUAAUAUUCUCAAUAAGAUCGGUUACAGUUGAACAACUUUGAAUUGGUUACACAGAUUAUACAAAUGUUGAAUGAUUUCGAUUUUUAUAAGUAAGCUAUGAGGCCGAAUGACUCGGGGAACGAAAGAAAGUAAUUUUUAGUGUAUAUUUUUUUAAAUUUACAUGACCAAUAAAUAAUACUCUGUAUUAAAUUAUUUUAUUAAAAUUUAGCAAAAUUGUGGCCUUAAUAGUGUUUAUAAAGUUUGAUUUGAAAUAACAAAUAUUGUAUUAAAAAAAAUAUUGGUUUGAAUGCUCUUGAUAUGUUUGUAUGUAAUAUACCUAUUGUAAGUAGGCUAAUUAAGUGGCAAUUUUCACUUUGUAUAUUCGAUUAAAAUUGAUAUUUUUAAUUAA